GCUUCUUCUCUUCUUCAAUAAAGCUUCUUUAAUAAUUGUUCUUAUCUUCUAUUAUUUUCAUCAGUUUCUAUCCUGAAGCCACCUUAAACUGGAUUUCUAUGGCAGCGGGUUUCCAUUUGGUUUUUUGUUGAAAUGCUGCAGCUCUGCCCGCGAAGACCAACGGCUACAUCCGGGUGGAUUGCUAUGGCGGCCUCAAUCAGAUGAGACGCGAUUUCUGUGAUGGCAUUGGGAUAGCUCGGAUCCUAAAUGCGACGCUAGUCUUGCCCAAGUUUGAGGUGGCAGCUUACUGGAAUGAGUCGAGUGGCUUCGCCGAUGUGUUUGAUGUAGACUACUUUAUUCAACAAACGCAAGGUUUCGUGGAAGUUGUGAAAGAGUUGCCAGAGGAAAUCACAUCGAGAGAACCCUUUAGGGUGGACUGCAGCAAACGCAAAGGCCAAUUUGAUUAUGUUGAAGGAGUGCUCCCUGCUCUGCUGGAACAUCGCUAUAUAUCUCUAACGCCAGCUAUGAGCCAGAGAAGAGAUAGGUAUCCAGUAUAUGCUAAGGCUGCUCUUUGUCAAGGGUGUUACAAUGCGCUGCGCCUUAAUAAGGCCUUGGAGGCUAAAGGUUCCGAGCUCUUCAAGGCAAUACCAAAACCCUUCCUCACCUUACACCUCAGAUUUGAACCUGACAUGGUGGCCUACAGUAAAUGUGACUACCCUGGACUCUCUUCCACGUCCUUGGCUGCUAUCGAAGCAGCACGAGGGGAUAGAAAAUCAUGGACCGGUGAUGCUGCACGCAGUUGGAGGAAUCGUGGGAAAUGCCCUCUGACUCCAAAAGAAACAGCAUUUAUCCUCCAAUCUCUUAAAAUCCCUACAAACACAACGAUCUAUUUGGCAGCUGGAGAUGGUCUCCUCGAGAUGGAAGGCUUCACAUCAGUUUACACCAAUGUCUACACUAAAUCUUCCCUCUUAGACAGCAAAGAUUUUAAUCUCAUGCACGGCAACACGAAAGCUGCCCUGGAUUACUAUGUUUCGAUCAACAGCAACGCAUACAUUGCAACUUAUUUUGGAAACAUGGACAAGAUGGUAUCAGCAAUGAGAGCAGCGAAUGUACAUUACAGAACAUUGGCUUUGAGCAGGAGGGCUUUUGCAAAUCUUACAGCACUUGGGCUGGAAGGGGUGGAGUUGGCUAAUGCUUUGUGGAAGUCUCACAGAGAAGAUUUUGUGAUGGGGAGGGGCACUGCUUUGCCUGAUUGUUUUUGUGAAUCUACUUUGUGAUUCUUUUCACUCAUGUGCUUAUGAUAUUUGGAUCUGUAAUUUUAACAAGUUCUUUUUCUUAUAUUUAGGACAAGAGAACAUUUCAAGGCAAGUAUUUUUUGCUCGUCAUGGCCGGGUAUCAAAAUGUUCAACAACACUCAAGAAAACAGCUUUACUGAGGUAUUCCUGUCA